AUGUCCCCUAAGCUCAUAUUCGGCACUGGCGGCCUCGGCAUGGCACCGGGCUCUUUUCGAGAUUCCACCUCUGUGCGCCCGCUCAUGUCCACUCUGAAAGAGCUUGGAAUAACGCAUCUCGACACCGCGGCUCGUUACCCGCCAACAAGCCCAGGGUUGGCGGAGAAGUUGGUGGGGGAGGCAGCUGAUGGGUUUGUGGUCGACACGAAAGUUCUUACGGAGACGCACGCGGAUGGUAGUGGAGAUUUAAAAAAGGAAAAGAUAGAGAAUAGCGUUAGUGAGAGCAUGAAUAGGCUGAGAAGAGAAAGCGUCAACAUACUAUAUUCGCAUCGUGCAGAUCCAGCUACACCACUCAAGGAGCAGGUCCAGAACUUUAACGAGCAAAUAAGACAGGGACAUUGCAAACAUUGGGGCGUGUGCAACACUGCACCCAGUGUACUCGAGGAAAUGCUCAUAAUCUGCAACGAAAACGGAUGGGAGAAGCCGCGCUAUUAUCAAGGAAGCUACAGUCUCAUCACAAGGGGUAUGGAAACGAAACUUCUGCCCAUACUACGCUCUGCGGGCAUGCACUUCAACGGCUAUCAACCUCUCGCCGCCGGCUUUCUGACUGGUAAAUUCGUGAACAAUGAUUACGCCGGGACGCGCUUCGAUGCAGCUUCACCUGUCGGAAACGUAAUGCAAAAGAUGUUCUCCGGCGACCAAUUGAUGAUGGCUAUGAAGAAGUUUGACGCUGCCGUUCAGCAAAGAGGGUUGACUUCUCCAGAGGUAGCCAUACGUUGGCUGAUGCAUCAUUCCGUGCUCAACGACGAGGACGGGAUAAUUCUGGGUGCUAGCCGGAUCGAACAGGUUCACGAGACUGCUGCGUUGACUAAGAAGGGGCCCUUGGAAAAAGAUGUUCUGGCUUUGGUGGAGGAGUUUUGGCAAGAUGUGAAGAGUUUGAGGGAAGAAAUUCUUUAG